UAGUAUUGUGCGUUUUUAUUAUUUAUAGCUAAAAAAAUCUAGAAAUGGCAGAAACUGCUCCAGCACCAGCCGCCCCUGCCCCUGCUCCGGCUAAAGCGCCCAAGAAGAAGACCGCCACAAAGCCCAAGAAAUCGGGUCCCAGCGUGUCGGAGCUGAUCGUCAAGGCUGUGUCUGCCUCCAAGGAGCGCAGCGGGCUGUCCGUGGCGGCGCUCAAGAAGAUCCUGCAGGCCGGCGGCUACGAUGUGGAGAAGCACAACUCCCUCGUCAAUAGAGCCCUCAAGAGCCUGGUGACCAAGGAGACCCUGCUACAGACCAAGGGCACCGGCGCCUCGGGCUCCUUCAAGCUCAACAAAAAGGCGGCUGAAGCCAAGGACAAGGCGGCCAAGAAGAAGGCAGCUCCCAAGAAACCAGCAGCAAAGAAAGCGGUUGUCAAGAAAACAACGAAAAAGGUUUCAGCGAAGAAAGCAGCGACACCCAAGAAGGCUCCUACGAAAGCGAAGAAACCGAAAGCUGUAAAGAAGGCGCCCAAGAGUCCGAAGAAACUGGCUGCCAAGCCUAAAAAGGUCGUAAAGAAGAGCCCGAAGAAAGCGAAGGCAGCGCCUAAACCUAAAAGGGUGGUCAAGGCAGCCAAACCCGCAGCGAAGAAGGCGGCUCCUAAAAAGAAGUGAGCAGUUAAAGCGACGAUGCAAACAAUGAACCCAAAGGCUCUUUUCAGAGCCAACACAUGUUUCUAAAAAGAGCAGAUUUCCCUUUUAUGCAUAAUAAUCGUUGCACUUAUGUGGUGUUUUAGCACGCAGUUUUUCAGUGUAAUCAAGUAAACCAUUCGCUCCGUAAGUAUAAAUCACGAUUAAAUUGACUAGGGAUAUUAACGUUGUUCGCUGUAUCUGAUGGCAGAUCCUUGUUUUUGUCCAAGCGCCAGUUCAUUUUAUGUAAACAACGAUCAACCAUAAUUUCCAUGACAUGAGAGUAGAUGUUGAACUUCAUGCCGAUUUGAACUCGGUUCUCGACAAGAUAAGCACCAACUAAGACGUAGCUUUGCAGUAAACUAAUGUGAUCCAUCUGCAUCUCUAUCCAUCUGCACUGUUACACAAGUUAGUUUUAAAGAAAUAAUGUUUGAGAACAAGCGAAACAAACUAUACUUUCAUUAUACUAUUGGUAAAAAUG